CGCGCGGAACCUCUUCUACUGUUCGGGGCAGCACUGUACUAGCAGAGGAUUGUGACCCAAACCGUCCCCACUUCAGCGAGUCAGCGUAACUGUGAACCGACUGGUCAGACUCAGACGGAUCCGCCGACGCGCCCGCACGCGGACACCACAAGGCAAUCGCCGGCGGCGGCGUGCGAAGUUGCGAUGGAGAGCCCCACGUCGGCGGCGUCGCGUCCGGACUUCUACGACUUCCUCGACCGCAUGCGCCGCCCAGCCGCCGCCGAUCUCUUUCGUUCGAUCAAGAGCUUCCUCGUGUCCUUCUCCUUCCACGAACCCAACACUGAGGAGGACGGCAGCAAGGUACAGGCCUUCUUCACUGAGAUGGAGGGCGCCAUCAGGGACCACCCGCUCUGGGCCAACGCCACCAACCAGGAAAUCGACCACGCGAUCGAGGGCCUUGAGAAGUACAUCAUGACAAAAAUGUUCGAUCGCACUUUCGGGGCCUCAUCAGAGGAUGCCAUUACCGACAUGGAGAUCUCAGAGAAGAUUAGUCUACUGCAGCAGUUUGUUAAGCCUCAUCACUUGGAUAUACCUAAGGUUCUGCAUAAUGAGGCCUCGUGGCUGCUUGCAGUGAAAGAGUUGCAAAAGAUAAAUUCGUUCAAAGCACCACGUGAGAAACUUCUAUGCAUCAUGAGCUGCUGUCAAGUCAUCAAUAAUUUGCUUCUGAACAUAUCGAUGUCAAAUGAUCGAACACUGUCUGGGGCUGAUGAGUUCCUUCCUAUUCUUAUCUAUAUUACUAUCAAGGCCAAUCCUCCUCAGCUGCACUCAAAUCUAAAGUUUGUUCAGCUCUUUAGAAGGGAAACGAAGCUAGUUUCAGAAGUCGAAUAUUAUCUGACAAACCUCAUUUCAGCAAAGAUGUUUAUAAUAGAUGUUAAUGCUCGCUCACUAUCAAUGGAAGAAAGUGAGUUUCAGAAGCAUAUGGAAUCGGCAAGACUAGCUACUAAAAUAUCUGUGGCUAGCCCUAGUAGCUCACAGGGGCUUCCUACAUAUACAAGGGCACAUAAGGAGGAAACUGAUCUAGCAGGCUGCAGAUUCCCAUUCAUGGACUCAGAAACUGAAAGUUUGAGUCCAGGGGAAGUCAAACAAUUGCAUGACCUGUACAGGCAAGUUGUCACCAGAUAUACACUGCUAUCUAAAGCUUUAAGAAAGUUAUCCAUAGAUGAGGAUCAGCUCCUUAGUUCAGUAGAUGAUUCAUGAAGUGAUGUGAAGAUGUAAAGAUGGUAGCAUCAAUCAUAAACAGCCUCCAUAUCCAAAUUACUCAUGCACGUGUACAGUGGAGUAAAUUUGUGUGCAACCUCGUUUCCAUUGGUUGCAAUCUCGUAGGAAAAGGAAUGAGGUCUUGCAGUCAAUGCAUGUAAGAAAGGCUCCAGCAAGUCCAAUGCAACAGGUAUGAUCAUCUUGGGCAUGUCUGUCUGUCUUUUCAAACACUUGAGGGCAGUCCUUUUUGCAAUCACUUUGCAGUUCUGAUGCUUUCUGGUAUGCUUAUUUGUUAGGGCGGCCUGCACUACAUGUGAGUUGAGCAUAUUACGCAUGGCUACUGCUGCUUGCUGCUGUUUUUGCUGAUCUUGUUUCUCACCCUGCAGAUUGUCUUAUUUCACUACUGUUGUAACAUGCGUUGGACUUGGGCAUAGUUAGGCCGUGACUUGUACGUCAGUUGACGAUCCUUAUUAUUCUCCUGGUCCUUCCAACAUUGGUCCUAUUGAAACUGGAAAUUGACCAUUACACAACAUAUUAUCUGAGUUAUCAACUUCUAAAUGGUGUACAAUCUGCCACCGGACGUGUUACAAUUUUGGCAUUGACGGCUUCCUGCAAUGAAGAAUGUGAAUUCUAACCUAAAUGAAGGGCAGAAGACCAUUUCUGGGGAACUUGGCUUUGAAGAUGGAGUAACAAGCUGGGAUAAUUCUGAAACUCAUCAUGCUGUACAACUAUGCUUGUUGAUUCCCGACGUUCUUUAGUUUGUGUUGAGCCUUGAGGUUUGAGAGUCGUUAGUGUUGGAAAGGGUGCAAGCACGUACAAUUUGCAUGUUGCGGAUGCAUACUGGGGAAGCUAACCUAGGAAAUACCUUGCUGGGGUCGGGCCCUGAUCAAACUCAGUUAGACGUUAUGCUAAGGGAAAUGAAUAAUUCGUGUGAAAUGGUGUCAAAAUUGAAGGUUGGAGGAUGAUGAGAGCAGUUCCAUGUAAUUCCCGUUUGGUUAAAACAGUUGAUGUAUUUUUGUACAAAACUCAAACCAUCGUGUUCUACU